AUGAGCUCGAUUGGCUUUGUUUCACUUGGCCACAGCAGUCGAGAGGACCUUUCUGCCCUAAAAAUGUUGGCUGGUCCUUGUGUGAAAGCUGGGAAGAGGGUUGUCUUGGGUGUUUUGAGUGAAAAUGAUCACCAUAAUCGAACUUGUAAGGGUGUUCCAGCAAAACAUGGAGCUGCACUGCAGAAAGUGCAUGCACAGGAUGUCAACUCUGCAUUUGGUGUCUGGGAGGCUGAACCAGUGUUGAUGCAACCAACCAUCCCUACUGGCGAGCAGUCAAGUUCCUCUAUACAUUCUUCAGAGCUUCAGAUACUGAGUGCUGUAAAUGAAUUUGGCUCAGGAUCAUGUUUGGAUGCUUCAAUGCAAUCCCUGUCAGAAGAGCCUGUGGCUUCUGGGGAUAUCCUGUCAGUAGAUGAAUAUGCAGAUGACAUCCAUCAACACCUAAGGGAGAGUGAGUUGAGAUACAGGCCCAAGCCUGGUUAUAUGAGAAAGCAACCGGACAUCACCAACUGCAUGAGGAUCAUCCUUGUAGACUGGCUGGUUGAAGUUGCUGAGGAAUACAAGCUGUGCUCGGAGACCAUUUACCUGGCAGUGAACUACCUGGACCGUUUCCUCUCCUGCAUGUCUGUGCUCCGGGGGAAACUGCAGCUCGUGGGAACGGCUGCAAUGCUCCUGGCUGCAAAAUAUGAGGAAAUCUAUCCACCAGAGGUGGAUGAGUUUGUCUACAUAACGGAUGACACUUACACCAAGAAACAGCUGUUGCGGAUGGAGCACCUUGUCCUCAGAGUGCUGUCCUUUGACAUGACUGCACCUACAUGCCUCCAGUUCUUGCUGCAGUACAUCUCUGAAGAGAGCACCUGUGCCAAGACUGCAAACCUUGCCCUGUAUCUUUCAGAGCUGAGCUUGUUUGAAGUGGAUCCCUUUCUGCUGUAUCUUCCAUCCAAGAUUGCUGCUGCAGCUUACUGCUUGGCUAACUACACUCUGAACAGAAUGCUGUGGCCUGAUUCCUUGUAUGCCUUCACUGGCUACACCUUGGCAGAAAUUGCACCGUGUCUUGUCGCUCUUUAUAAACUACAUCUUGGUGCAGAAGGUCGCCCCCAGAAGGCCAUUCACCACAAGUACAAAAGCACAAAGUACUAUAGUGUGUCUCUGGUCAAGCCUGUGGAGACUCUACCACUGCACUGAUCAGUGGCCCCCUGUAUGAAGGACUAAGGAACUGCAGCGCUUAAAUAUACCCCUGUAAAUACCGGAGGAAGUGUCGUUUUAGUGCUUUUUAUUUUUUUAAAUGUGAUUUUUAUCAUAACUUUUUAUAAAGCCAUCAAGUCCACAAUAAAAUUACAGAACUUGUUUCUUUUAGCUGUCUUAUGGAAUGAGUCUGGAGGCAGGAUUCUUCCAUGUCUGUACUGCAUAUGAAAGUUCGUAUCCAUAGCUGUCGCUCUGUGCUGUCAA